AUGCACUGGCUCACUCCGCUCAUCGCAGCGGCGGCCUUCCUCUGGGAGCCCGUCGUCAGCGACCCCAAGCCAAAGUACAAUCCUCUCCCUCCGCUCCGCGAACAAGCCCGGGUGCAAGAUGCCUGGACCGAGGAGCGUAAAGCCACGAUCCCAGCUUUGCUCAAGAAGCAUGGAGUCGAUGCAUGGCUGAUAAGCCAGCGCGAAUACGCCGAGGAGACGGUCUUCUGGUCCCUCAAACCAGCAACAACCUUUUCCGCCCGCCGCCGCACUACAUGCCUCUUCCUCGCCGAGCCCCUCGCCUCCUCCCUACCUAAACAGCCGGGCUGCAUCGUAGGCUGGACCACCGACGUCUGGGAGACCCUCAAAGAGCAGCUCGAGGCAGCCAACCCGGCGACCGUCGCCAUCAACGCGCACCCCGAGAUCGCCUUCGCGAGCGGCCUGCACGCAGGCGAGUACCAGGCCAUGGCGAACGGCCUCGGCGGGGCGUGGACGAGCAGGAUGGUGGUCAAGCCCGAGAUCGCGGUCGAGUUCAUCGCGGCACAGCCCGCGUCGAAGCUGCCGCAGUACCGCGAGAUCAUGCAGACGGCGUGGGCCAUGAUCGCGAUGGCCUUCAGCGCGGAGGUCGUCGUGCCGGGGAAGACGACGACGGGGGACGUGGAGUGGUGGUUGCGGGAGGAGAUCCUGGCGCACAACUUCUCGACAUGGUUUCAGCCGAGUGUUAGUGUUGUCGACGAGGCGCUGCCGUGGGCGAUGGAGAUAGAACGCGGCGUGGACGAGGGGGCGGGUGGGAGGAUUAUUGAGUAUGGGGAUAUGCUGCAUGUUGAUUUCGGGCUGUCUGCGAUGGGGUUGAAUACCGAUACGCAACAUCUGGGGUACGUGCUGCGGCCGGACGAGACGGAUGUCCCGGAAUCGCUCAAGGAGGGUUUGAAGAAAGGAAACAGACUUCAGGAUAUUGUGAGGGAGACCAUCACAGUCGGCCAGACGGGAAAUGAGAUGCUGAAGACGUCUCUCGAUCAAAUGCACAAGGAGGGGAUCCAGGGGCGUGUUUACACUCACCCCAUCGGAGACUGGGGACAUGCUGCCGGUCCAUUAAUCGGUAUGACGAAUAUGCAAGACUAUGUGUCGGCAUCCGGCGAGUUGGCUGCAGUCAGGAAUAUGUGGUUUAGCGUCGAGCUGCUCGUGGAGCACUACAUCCCUGAACGAAACAAGACACUCUGGUUCGCCCUGGAAGAGGACGUCUACUUCGCUGGCGAGGGGAAGGGCUGGCAAUGGGUAUAUGGGCGACAAGAGGAGUUCCACCUCGUGAGAGCAGCCAAGAAGCAGGAAUCGAUUGAAGAGUUGUAA